AUGGCCUCACCGACAGUGAACGGUCACCCAUCAACACCUCCCUCCUCCGACCCCGCGACAACGACAGCGCCGGCACAGGCACCUUCACAACCCACCGCGCUCCCCACUGCGCCACUCAACUCCCUCACCGACGACGGCGACACCAAGCGCCCCCGUGAUGCUCGCCUCAUCCACCUCGUCCUCUCCUCCCUCGGCAUUCACAGCUACCAAGAGCGCGUGCCUCUACAACUGCUUGAUUUCGCGUACCGCUACACCAGCUCCGUGCUUUCCGACUCGUUGCGCCUCUCUAGCGAAGGCUACCAAGGCAGUACCGAGCGCAAUGCAGGAGGGAGACGAGGCGCCGGCGCGGGAGGGGAAGAUGGUGCGAUCUCGGUGACGGCACUUAGGCAGGCCAUCGCGAGUCGGACGGGCUAUCAUUUCCACCCAGGCGGCGCGCUGCCCAAGGAGUUUAUGUUGGAGCAAGCGCAUGAGCGGAACAAAGUGGCGCUGCCGCGGGUGGAGAGGGGCUAUGGAGUGCAGUUGCCGUCGGAGAAGUAUUGCUUGACGGGCGUCGGGUGGGGGAUGAAAGAGGAAUGGGAUAGUGAAGAGGAGAUCGAGAUGGAUGUUGGAGAUAGGUCAAAUGGCGUGAGGAGCGCGGAGAGGGAAGACGAGGCUAUGGAAGGGGUAGAGGGUGACGCCGAGGGAGAGGAUGAGGAAGGCAUGGGCAGGAUGGAGGAUGUGUUCGGUGAAGAAGAAGGCGCUGGUGACACUUCGAUGGCGGAGGGAUGA